CCGCUCCGCCCGUCUACCCGCCCGCAGUUACUCAGUUUCAACAACCAAAACAAUCCUAGCUGGCAACGCGCCGCGGCCGCCAUGGAGCCCGGAGAAGACUCGGGGGUGCUGGCCCUGCUGGCUCUCCGCUCCGCACCCUGCAGUCCUGUGCAGCGGCCCGCAGCCUGUGACCUGGCCUCCCCGGCACACGAGGCGCCCCCGGCCCUGGCCCGUCUGGAGGGGCGAGACUUUGAGUUCUUCAUGCGAACUUCCCAAGUGAUCAUCGGCCGUGACUCCAGCCAGGGGUCGGUGGAUGUUAACAUGGGGCGCUCCAGCUUCAUCUCCCGCCGACACCUCCAGAUCAACUUCGUGGAGCCGCACUUCUACCUGCGCUGCCUGGGCAAGAACGGGGUAUUUGUGGAUGGGGCCUUCCAGCGCCGGGGGGCGCCCCCUCUGCAGCUCUCCAGCCAGUGCACAUUCCGGUUCCCCAGCACUGUCAUAAAGAUAAAGUUUAGCGUUCUUUAUCAGGAAAAGGAGGUGAAGCCUCCCUUGCCGCCUUCACCUAUAUAUCGUCACAUUUCACCUUUGAAGAUCCAUAUACCAGAACCAGACAUGAGAAGCUUCGUCAGUCCUAUACCCUCACCGACCGGGACCAUAAGUGUUCCCAAUUCCUGUCCUGCUAGUCCACGAGGGGCUGGAUCUUCAGGUUUACAUUUCAUACAUAACAUUGCAUCAGAACUGAAGCUGGUAGCAGAAUGUGCGAAAGCUGCAACAGACCAACAAACGGAAAUCUCUGGAGGAGACAGUCCCAGGGAUGAAUCCAAACCCCCAUAUUCAUACGCACAGCUUAUUGUUCAAGCAAUCUCCUGUGCAAAGGAUCGACAACUCACAUUGAGUGGAAUUUAUGCUCAUAUUACGAAGCAUUACCCUUACUACCGGUCUGCUGAUAAAGGCUGGCAGAACUCUAUACGUCAUAAUCUGUCACUGAAUCGUUAUUUUAUAAAAGUACCACGUUCUCAGGAGGAGCCUGGAAAAGGUUCAUUUUGGAGAAUUGAUCCUACAUCUGAAGCCAAACUAGUGGAGCAGGCAUUUAGAAAACGCAGGCAGCGGGGAGUCUCAUCCUUUCGUACACCUUUUGGUCCACUUUCUUCCAGGAGUGCACCAGCUUCCCCAACAUAUCCAGAUUCCUGUGGCUUGCAGACUCCUGAUAGCAUGUCUCGAGAAGGAUCCCCUGUUCCACAUGAUUUUGGUUUUAAGAUGGCCUCUGUUCCUGAGUAUCGAUACUCCCAGAGCGCACCUGGUUCUCCAGUGAGUGCUCAGCCAGUUAUCAUGGCAAAGCCUGUACCCCAAACAAAUUUUUUGACAAAACCUUUGACAUAUAUGCCUGCUUCCAUCAUGACCUCCCAGCCGACAAGUCAUGCGAUCCAUGUAGUGCAGCAAGCUCCUACUGUCACCAUGGUGCAGGUACUUACCACACCUACCAAUUCAGCCAAUGGAUACAUAAUAGCAAACCAGAGGCCACCGUGCACCAGAGAUGAAAUACGUGGAACAGUUAUGGACGGUCUCUCAUCUGCCAGAGGCAUCAAAGAUGAGGUGAAUACGAUCACGUUUACUACAAUUCCUACUCUUCCAACUGCCAGCAGAGUUAUUCAGACUGUAGCAAGUGCAUUGCCCCAGACUGUUCAGGGGCAGAAAGUGACACUGCUACAGCCAGCGGCUCCAGUCAGUAUAGCGCAGCACCCUUCAGUGGUGACAAAAGAGGUUGUGACAGCUGCCAACCUUCCUGGAAGUAUGUAUGCUCUUACCAACCCACUGCAGCUUCUUGCUGCUCAGGCGAGCACCUCUCUCCCUGUUUCUCUGUCCAGUGCUGUUGAUCGAGAGGCCCAAAAAGAACCAGACGCAAAGAGAGCACGUCUAGAUGAGUGCUGUGUACCGCAAGCUGAAGUGAUCACAUCUAUGGCAGCACAAGUAGAAGGGACAGGAGAAUGAGACAAGAUAAAAUGAUUGUAAAGAUGAAUGUUCAGGUCUUGGUGCACUGGAGGUGAAUUCUCAGUAAUCAAGUGCCUUUCUCCAGAAGGAUAUGUAGACAAUGCAUCACCAGCCACAACAUAAAGAUGAUCGGUAGCCAAAGGGCUGCAUGACUUCAAAUAAGCUAUAUAUAAAAUGGUGCAGCUUUUGCAAGACUCAUCUUAACACAGUACAACAUAAUUUAGCACCUAGAUUAGUGUGCAGGAUCCAGAGUUCUUCAGGACGCUGCUUGUGGGAUCACGUGAUUGCGAGUAGUGUAUAGGGUAAAGUUAGUCCUGGAAUAACAGUGGUGUACAGGGCAUGCAUGGCCCUCGAGUGCAGUGUACAAGAUUGCAGGCAAUUUUGUGCAGAAUUACAUGGUCUAACAUGACUGUUGUAUGAAAAAUUCUUAAAACCGGAUUGUAAAAUGGAAAAAAAAGAAUUCAGUCAUUUAUGUUAAGGUCACUUGAUUUCGGUUGUGAAACACUGCCUGUCCCUCCACUUCUGAGCAUCGUAGCCGAGUUUUCUCUUCCAUCAUUUCUAAGGCACUAUUUUAUAAAGUCAUUUUAAUGGCUCCGUUAAUCUUUGAUAUCUUUUUAAUACCUAUAUUUUAGGAUACAACUAUGUAUUGCAGGUUGUUUUCCCCAGGGCUCUUUAUUUGCAAUACAUUGCAUUAUUAUGUAAAUCCUCAAUAGAUGCACAGUAAACUGCAGUGUUUGUAGGAUGCAUGGGAAAUAUGCUAUGACAGCUGUUUAAAUGUAGUCCCGGGACUGAUGUUUUCUUGGGUUCUCUCACUAUAGCACUUUUAUGGACUUAAUAUGUGCCAAUGAAUUCUUAAUUACUAAUACAUUUAUAUAAUCCAAUUUUAAGGACCUAUUUGUGCUCCUGAUGGGGAACAUAGACAGCCCUGUUUACCUGUUUGUCUUGAGGUAUCACUGUCAAACUAGAUAUACAGUCAGGUCCAUAAAUAUUGGGACAUCUACGCAAUUCUAACAUUUUUGGCUCUCUACACCACCACAAUGGAUUUGAAAUUAAACGAACAAGAUGUGCAGAUUGUC